GCGCGCCGGCCGACGCGCACGCGCGAGUGCCCUGUGUUCCAAAUUCGAAAAACGAAAACUGUGCUGUGUUGUGAUUCUUGUUUGUGAACUGUGACUUUUAUAUUGUGAGUUGUGUGCAACAAGUGUGGAGAAUUGGAAUUUAAAUUGAACUAAACGGUGUCUGGAGUGUCGACUCGCACGCGUAUGGGAAAAGCAACGAGAUGCUGAUAAAAUAGCGGUAUGGGGCAAGCGGGCAGUCAGCAGCACGCGCCGCUGCGCGCGCAUCGUGCGCACACGCUGCCCCACGAGCCGCCCCGACACGCGCCGAAGGUGCUUCCGUCUCUGACGGAAUCUCCGCGGCUGCGCAGUACGGACAACGGCGCCAUUUUGCACUCGGGCGGCACCAUCAGCGGGCGAAGACCGACUUCGGUGGUCCCCGAGACCACCAGGACCUCACAUGGGCACGUGCACACCAACGCGUACCGGUCUCGAUCGGCAGGGGCCACGAGUGACAGCGAACUGCGGGCCCGCGAGAGGGAUCCGCUACACCGCUCGUACACAAACCUCGACCUUAGGCAUAACGACAAUGGUGGUUUGAAUAAAAGGUUCGGUUCCGAACCUGAUCUACGAGAGGAAGAGCCGAAACAAAGAUGCAAGAGGCACUUCAGGAAGAAGUACAGAGCACCUCCUCCACCUACCAAUGAUAACCGUGAGGGUUCAUCGCCAGAUUCCAGCGAAGGGAAUGCGAGACCGGAACCCCAAAGGAAGCUCCGGCUCUUCAGGACCAGGCAUGAGACCAAGAAGCUCAGCCAUGAGCCUGAAGCACCCAGGAACUCCUACACGGCCUACAAGUCCUUGGACGACCAGUCCUUCGAACGACGGUACCGGUCACCCUACAAGGAAAAGGAACAACACUUUAAAUACCCUGAUACUCAAGACAUGAUCCAGAGUACAGCGUCCUUGAAGAGAGAAGAAAACCUAAUACAAAAGCAAGAUUAUAGAAAGAGGACAGACAGAGUCAGCGGAUGUAGAGCGAAAACAUCUAAGACAAACGACAGCGAAGCAUGGAAAACACCAUUGCUAAACAGAAACUUUAGACAUUCAGAACGAUUUAAAAAGGUUGACACCGAACAACCCAUAUUAAGGAGGGAAAAGACUUUUGACACGCUAAUCUCUAGUGAACGAGAUAGCGAAUCUCCAAGAACAACGCACGAGAGCAGGAUGAAAGCUAUAGGAGAACAGCUGAAGGGAUCCAGACUCCAACCGAGUGAGCCUUUGAGAAAAUCUCUUCCUUCACUAUUACCCAAAAAUAGUGAAGAAAAAGAUGAAUUUCAAGCGGAGUUGAAGAAGGCAACAAGUAGAAUAAGAAACGACUUAGGGGCUAAAAUUAAUGUAAGUGAAAAUAAAACUAGUCAGAAUAAAACGACGCAGAAACCAAACCCAACGAAAACACCGAGCAAAGUCAAAGAGUCUAGUCUUAAAACGAAUGUUAGCAAGCCAGAAACUAAAGCAGUUGUUAGUAGAAGACCUCUAACCAGAGUUACUGAAAGUAAAAUCAAGUCAACUGUAACUCAGAGUAAAGUUAAUGGUAAAACAAAUAUAAUUACAAAUGGAGAUAAAAUGAGUAAAGAUAAAGGUAGGACGAUACCUGAUAGAGGGCAGGCGUCGGGAAAAGAGUCAACGCCUGAACACUCGCCUACAAGAAAGAUUUCUCCGAUAAGGAAGAUUUCUCCUGCGAGAAAUAAGACGUCAAAUCAUAUUAUUUCCAAGGAAAAACAUACCCCAGCGCCCUCAAAACAGUUCUACUUCGGCAUGAUCGAAAGCAAACAGUUCGAGGUCCAAGAUCACCUGAAGGACUUCCCUGGCCUCGGCAGCCCCAUCAUCGAGGAGAUCAACAACUUCCACGCGAUCGAGCAGAAGCUGCUGGGCUACCAUGCGGAGGAUGCGGAGUUUGAGGAGUUCAAUGCUAAGCUGAAGGAGGACUGCAAGGUUAAGAACUUAUCCUCGGAAUCCGCGCUAUCCUCAGACGCAUCAGACUCGGACGGAUCAUUAGGUAUAGCGCUGCGUCUGCGACCGACGCUACCUAAGAAACAGCGCGCGGUGCCACGGUUCUCUCCUGCGGCAGCCUGGAGGCAGUUAGCGACGUUGGACGCCCAUCUAGCUUCGGAAACCCAGCCACUAGCCGUGGAGACGAAAGUAUCUGCAGACAUCUCAGCCGAGUCAUCACCACGGUCAGAUCAGUCGGCCGACAAAUCGGGAGACUCGGGCAUAUCGGGAGACCACGCGCAUAGCGAUCAAAGGAUUGAAUCUCCAUCAAGACAUGUCCCCGACACAACUCCAGCGUGGACCCCGCAGCAGGACCUCGGCGACAGCAGCUCGGACGGCGUGAGCGGCGCGCCGGCCCCGCGCGGCGGGGGCUCGGCGCUGGCGACGUACGCGCCGGGCGCGCAGCCCUUCAGCCUCAGUCUGCCGAGAGAUGACAAGUUAAAAGGCAUGUCGUGCUUUUACGAAUGUUUCCAGGGGAAGCAGCUACAACAAGGCUUCAACAGUCUCCAGAAACUUCGAAAAUCCGUCUCAGGGGCUUUGGGAGCGGCCUUGGGUUCUAGAAGAUUCGAUUUAGAACAUGAGCCAAUGCUGCAAGAGCCAGAACAGAACUGGUUUUUAACGAAGUCUGCCCCGAAUUCGUUGAGUAAUCCGUUGCUGUAUCAGCCACCAGCGAGAGCUAAAGCUGCGGAAGAGGAUAUUAAGGAAGAGAAUUCUACGCCACCUUCAGAAAAGGAGGAAUCCAUACCCUGGCGGCCAGGCAUAAACUACCUCUCCUGGGGCGGACACGUGAUGUACCUACCCCCUGCGCCAUCGGCACCGUCGCAGCCUUUAUCCAUGCUCGGCCCUAUUGACAGGCCUGUCAGGAGUAAAUCCAGCGGAUCGCUAGAAGUGGCAGCAAGAGCGGCGCGCGCGGCGGCGUUAGCGAGUGAGAUGCGCGAACGUGAGCGCUCGGCUUCACCAGAAAUCGCACGAGCGUUGCCGGCGCGAGUGCAACCACAGCCUGAGCGAAACGCUCGCAGUCGGAACAAGCGCUUCACCUUCCAGUCAACAGUUCGGCAGUUGGAGAGGAGACGGUUAGCAGAGAAGCUGUCCAAAGAGGCAGACCUGAAGGAGCAACAGAGACGCACCGAGCUGGAGGCUAUGAGGAGAGUCGAGGAGGAGUUCCAGAGGAAGCGUGCGAGGGAGAAAGCGAAUAUCAGGCAGCAGUUGCGACUGGUCAGCAGCGGUUCAGCCAGCAUGCCCCUCUCUACACAUCAUGGAAAGGCACGUGAUGAGCCUGAUGGCUCAUGUAGGGCAUCGCCAGCGCCAGAGCGGCCUCGUGACCGUCAAAGGCACAGCAACGCAUCAUCAGAAAUAAGCGCUAGAAGCAAAAGCACAACACCGGUCAGAUGCGUGGAGCUCUCAGAAUGGCGUACAGAUAGCGCAGCUCGUGUGUAUCGCGAUUGGGGAGGCUCUGGCAUCGGUUUGCCAGCCCAUGCGCAUCCACCCGCCUGUGCCCGAAUGCCUAUUGCUAGACAAGCACAAGAAGUAGAAGCGUUCAGCGGCUCCCCUCGCUCAGACAACUACCGCCUUGAAUUCGCCCGGGGUCGCUCGCCUCGCUCGCCUCGCACGCCUCGCCCGCCUCGGCUUCUAUCUACACGCUCGCCUUCCAGCUCUGGCUCGGAGCUGUCGAUGCGACAGCCUAUUAAGAUCAGGUGGUGACGCGACGGCAUGUAGCAAAUUAACCUAACUCGCCAGUGACACAAAAGAAGAAGCAGAACCAGCGAUAGUGCCAACACUACGACCGGGUCCAACGCGCGCAACCUUCGCAAUCCGUUGAAGAUGGGCAGGACUAAAAAAAAUUGAAAUUCAACACAGCGUCACACAAUCUGUGGCCUGUUUUACCACAGUGGCAAUUGCCGCCUGUUGAACAAGGAAAUAUUGAUGCCGAGUAUGUAUAUACGACGGAAAUAGCCAUAGAAUCGUCAGUGUCAAUGUCACUGUUAUAAACCUAGGUUGAAGAUAAUGCAUUGUAUUAGAUGACCUGUUAGAAUAAUAAAAAGGUCGGAAAGUUUGCAAAAUUGUGAGAUACCUACUAUAAAAUAUUGAUUUUUCUAUGACAAUAAUGUAAUAAACUUCUAAAACUUCAUAAUUUUCUGAGAGUCAUCAACAUUUUCACAAAUAUAAACUUGUCUGGUAUUAUACACAAUAUGGCAGGAAAAGCUAACAUUUUUCUAUAUCAAGAACACCCCCAAGUAUUUAUUUUCCCUAGGUAACAUCAAAACAUAACCACAACCCCCCCUUUUAAAGGCGUCAAUAAAGUGAACGACGGGACAUUUAUUUAAGGUGUGUACCAGUCACUUAACUGACCGUAGGUAGGCCUUAAUACCUUUACAAUAAAGUCUACAAAUCGUCAACUUGGUAAAAUACCACAGUGAUUUGGGUCAAACACACCCAGGUUUAGCUACGAAUUUGGGCUCCGCAAACACCUUAAUGGCAUAUAACUAUCAAAAGAAUGAAUCUCAUUUUCAUUUACAAUCGAAUUCACACUUUAAAAACAUCGUAUAAAGUUGAUUUUAAAAAUAUAACGGGUUGAGAUAUGACUGUUGCAAAAUUAUGUGUUUUGUUGAAAUAGUUUUUGACAUUCUUGAAUUAUUAUUGAUUGUGGUUUUGUCUUGCGGCUAGUUGGGUUAAAACUAUUGUGGGUUCUGAC